CUCAGCUCAGUGGUUUUCCCCUUGGCUUAAACGCUGCUAAUAAAGGCUGUGUAUGAAGAAUAAUGAAAAUAAGAUUGUAGCCGUAUAUAAAGAUGUGACGUAAUAAAGUAUAUCUUGUUAUACGAGCGUAAAUGAUUAGCACUAAAAUGUUUUUCUUUCAAUUUUAUUCAUUUUAAUUUCGACAGUCUUUGAGUCAAGAUAGCAAAUUUAAAAAUCUUUGACUAUAAAUUGCAAUUUCUAUUAAAUUAAAUAAUAUUAAUUAAGGUGUAAUGCCAGAGUUGGAAUAUAUUUCGGUUGAAUAUUCAUCGAGCAAAGAAGAAUUUUUAAAAAAUUUAAAACAUGAGAAAGAAACAAAUUUAAAUUCCAAUUUUUUGCAAGUAACAAAUAUACCGUCAGCUAGAAAUGCCAUCGAACUUAUCUUACAAGAAUGGUUCAAGUCGAUAAUUUGUGAAAACAAAGAUAUUUUCGGUUUAGAUUUAAAGAUUGGAGAGAACGUUGAUGGAAAUUUCAAGGAGCUACCUCGCUAUUUUGAAUUAAACUUUAGAGACUACUUUAUUAUUACUUUUCAAUCGUCAACUGGUGACUGUGAGAGUAUGACUUACUGGAAAGUUCCUAAUCGUGAACAAUUUUAUUCAACUUUUAUUGAUGAUGAUAAGGAUGAAGUUAUGCUGCAAUUUCUUCACGAGUUCCUAGUUGAAGAGUGUUAUGAUGACGAUUCUGCAGAAGAGCCGAACAAUGAAGCCAUUUCUAAGGAACUGACAAUUUCUUCAGGUGUCAUGAGUGCAUUUAAAGAAAAAACUGAGAUUUUACUUCAUGAAUUAGGAAAUGAUUUAAACAGCAACCUUUUGAUGAUGGCUGCAUUAUGGAAUAACGUUGAUGUUGUAAAGCUAGCUGUGACAAGAGAGUUUGAUGUUGACUAUAAAAAUGAUUAUGAAGAUAUGGCAAUUGACAAGGCAUGGUCAAGAUUCAUUGGUUCUGAUGUGAAAGAUCAAAAAGAACCUGAAGAAAUUAUUCUUUGUCUUCUUAAUGCUAAUUCUGUCUAUCCAAAGAAUUUCAACUAUGAUUUAGCAUCAGCAAAGAUAAAACAGUUUGUAGACAUUUCUGAAGGCUUAUAUCGAGAUGUUAAGAAAGGCAAUUUUGAUUCUCUAAAUCUAAAACUAAAGGAGCAUCCAAUUUUGAUGCAUUUCUACAACAGAAAAAAUAAAUCUUUACUUCUACAUGCUUUAGAGACUAGAAAGUUCAAAAUAAUUGAUUACUUAGACAACGGAUUAAAUGUUGGAGCUCAUGAAUUAUUGAAAUUUUCUGAUCAAUAUAAAGAAUUGUAUAAUGAAGAUCUUACAAACCUCCGUGAACAGCAUAAAAUAAAUGCAAAAGAGCUUCCAAAAACUUACUUGUUGGUCCUUCGAUCCAAGACAAAAAUUGGAAGCAAUGAUCAACUCGCUCACGUUCGUAGAAAGAAUGUUGAAGAAACUUAUGAUGCUCUUGAUAAGAACGACUUCUGUUCUUUGCUGCUUCAAGUUGCAGCUCAAGUAAAAUCAAUCAAGAUUUUCUUUGAUUUCAAGCACGAAAGUAUUUACUAUUUGGAUCCAAUGAAGAAAAUCACUACGUUGGGUACAACAUAUCCAAAUGGAACUAUAUUUAUUGGAGCAAAACAAUUGUUGGACGAAAGUACCAAAAACAAAGUUUUGUCGACAGUGGCUCAUGAGUUGUGUCAUCUUGCUGUACUUGUAACGUACAUGAAUACAAGUUUUGAUCCAUUUCCAAUGGGCGACAGUGAAGAGAAACAAAUGUAUAUCAAUAAAGUCAUGGACGAUUGUAGAAAAAAGAAGGAACUAGAACCGAUUGUAUCAAAUGCUUUUGGAUAUUCCGAGCACUUACAAGCAUCAGAAUUGAUUGUUACUGUUGCUGAAAUGUUAAUGUGUUACAAGAAUGAUGAAGCAAAAAUUGACAAAAUUCAAGAAACUUUCGAGCAGCUUUUCAAAUAUGCUAAAGAAGUUGUUGAACCUGAGAUGUAUAAAGCACUUAUAGUUUUACGUAAACUUGGAGAUCCAGAAAUAAACAUCAGAUAUGAUAGCUUGACAGAUGUAAUGAAGAAAAGUAUUUCUCAUUUAUCAAUUAAUCUACAAGGUGUAAAAACUACAUUUUAUGACCUUUUUGGCGAUGAUGACACGUGUCAAGAGUUUUUGACAUCUGAUAACAUUCGUGACAUCUUAUUGAAUGGAAAAGGAAUGCAAAUUGGUGAAAUGUGCAAGCUUGAUCCAAAAUAUACAUUAAUCGAGAGAAGUUUCAUGAAUAGAGAGACUUAUCAGCAACUUAAAUCAUCUGAUAUUGAGGAAUAUAAUAUGAGAGUCAAUGCCAGAUCCAAGUCAAUGAUGAGAAUCAGAAAAAAUACAAUCAAAUUCUUCAUUCUUGCUGAUUUUGGAGGCACUGGCAAAACAACAUUUUUUAAAGAUGCAGCAAUAAAAGUCAAAAAUCAUCAUAAAAAUUAUUGGGUAUCAUAUGUGAAUUUAAGGAAAAGUGACAAAGUGUUUGUGGCUUAUAAACCUAAAUUAUGUAACUUAAAUGCAAAUGACGUAAUGGAAAUACUGAGCAGCAUCGUUCAGAACGGAGACGGUAAACUGUCAGCUUUUGAAGAAAAAAUAUUUAAAAAAUUAUUCGCCAGAAAUCAAGUUGUAUUGUUUCUUGAUGGAGUUGAUGAGAUAUGUCCAGAACAUACUGAGCUAGUGAUGGCUAUUUUUGAUAUUUUAAAGAAAUGCAGAGGAAAAAAUGAAAUUUGGAUAUCUACACGACCUCAUUAUGCAAAUCCAAUUCAAAAUAUAUUCAAAGUUACACCAAUUUGCUUUGUUUUGUACACUAUGGAGCAGAAAGUUAAAUUUAUUAAGGAUAUACUGAACAAAAAUGGAAUAACUGAUGAGACUGAAGAAACCAAUGCAGUUGGACAAAUUAAUGCUUUCAUUUUUCAUCUUAAUUGGGAACCAGGUUUCUUUUCUGAUCCUGAUCAUCCACUCAUCAUUGAAAUUAUUACCGAAAUUUACGUUCAAAAACGAGAACUAAAACUUGAUGCAUCCAGUUUUUAUGGGCUUUAUGCUGCAAUGAUUGACAAACAGAAGGAAAAAGUUGGAAAUAAAAUUCCAAAUAUUGAACGUGAUCCAUUUUCAAGUUUGUCUGUUUGGCAGGCACAUCAAGUUCUUGCAAUUUUGGUCAUUUUUGGUGAACUUUAUGAUAGAUCUUUUCAAUGUACUUUGCCUGAUGGAUCUUACUAUAAUGAAGGUUUUUCAUUUACACUUGAAGAAUUAUCGAUUAUUGAAAAAUGGAGAAUGGAACGAAAAGGUGGUAGAUGGACAUCCGAUAUGAUUCAGCGGUAUGCCUUUGUGACUGUAAAUUUAAAUAAUCUGUUGGAAGAUCGAAGCUGUAUUGAGUUUUCACAUAGAACCUAUGCAGAGUUUUUUAUUGCUCAAUUUCUCAUCGAUUUCUUAUUUAACCAAAAUUUCAACGAGACAGAAAUGAUUAAAAUGAUGCACAUUUUACAAAUUGUCCAAGGAACACCAGGACUUGAAAAUACCUACAAAUUUAUCAUAAGUUUUUCAAAGACAAUUGCGAAGAAAGAAAAAUUUAAAUUUCAUCCAUUAAUUAGACUUUAUUUUAGAAAAAGGAUUUUAAAAGCACUUAUAGAUAAAGAAGAACUAAAGUAUCAUUCAGAUCCAUUCAUUUUCUUUGGCAAGAUUAUUGUGUGUGAUGAAGAUUUAACCCAAAAACUAUGGAGAUUAAAUCCUAAACAUGAACGAAAUUCUUUUGAGAUAAUAAUCACUCAUAAGGACUUUAAGUUCCUUAAUCUUAUCAUCGAAACAGCUAAUUUUGUAUUUGAUGAGAAUUGGCAUGAAACGUUCAAUAAAAGUGAUAAGAAAUUAAUAAGUGAUGAACAGAUUGAAGGUAUGAGGGAUAAAAUAGUUGAAAGUUGGGACGACUGGCGAAAAGAGAAGAAUUUAUUAAAAUUCUGUGAUUAUUUACAUAAAAAUUUCGAUGCUAAAGUCCAAAGAAAAAUUCAUGAUAAAAUGGUUUUUGCUUUUCAUGUCACGAAUCAGAAGAUUUUAACUGAAAUUCUCAAAAUAAUGAGUGAAAUUUAUGACAAGGAAACAUUUACAAAAAAGUGUAUUGAUAAUAUGUUUUAUCCAUGCGCUGUGGGAGAAAGUAUAAUAUUCAUUUGUAAAUUUCUUGAGGAGCUUUAUGCUAAAGAUCGUAAUGCGAUUAGAAAAAUAUUAUUUGAAGACCUUCGAGAUGAUAAAUCACCUCUUUUUACUUCUUUCUAUACUCGCAAUCUUGAAUUAUUUUUAUUCAUUAAAGAUUUUUAUCUUAAAUAUCAAGAUUCUGCUGAAGAUACUCAAAAUAUUUUAUUAGAAAUAGAUAUUGUUGAUGUUUUCAAAUAUGCAGUAGCAUCUGAAUUGUAUGCUGACUUUAAAAGCUUUUUUGCAAUAAUUUUUAAUAAUAAUGCAGGUCAUAAUGAGACAAUGUUCCGAGAAAAGGUUUUAUAUUACAUUAGCAACGAUCGUGAAGCUUUUGAAGAGUUUUCUGAAAAUGUGGAAAAUUUUAUAAACUUCAUAGUUUUCAAAGAAUAGAUUGAUUAACGAAAGUUUUAAAUAUCUUUAUAUUACGUUGUGCUAUUUCGACUGUUUGAGCUUUGAAAUAAAAUUUGAUAAAUUCCUAA